GAGAGUUACGAUUCGAAGUAUCGAGAAGUCAUAAUCGAUGGGAAAUCAGUAAAAGCGAAUUCAAGGGCUCGAUACGAUUUUUUUCGACUUAUUUUAGUGCGAAGUAUCGGCGGCGAGGGACAAGGAGGGGAGGGGGGAAGGAAAAGUGUGAGGAUAAGUUGGACGAAGUACGUUCCUGAGAGAGAAAAGAAGGUUUUUCUCCGUCGAUAAAGGAGAUAGAGGAAAAAAAAUCGAGGAUUUAUCGAGAAGGAACUUUCCCGAUUUCGUGUCCUUUUUGGCACUUUGGCCCCGAGCCACGUGCCGACCUCGAGUUCUCCUGCGGAUUCGUUCAGUUUUCAAUUUUUCUUUCAGUUUUUGUUUUUUUUUUUUUUUUUGUAAAUUUUUGUAAAUCUGUAGCUGGCAAUUGAAGAAGACGAAAAAUAUCGACCCAACACACUCAAUUUCGUGAGUGACGUAGCACGUGAAUGGCUUGCAAGCUUAUCCUCGGCUAGGAGGGCAAUUGAGAGUGAAUUUUACGAAAGCUCGACGGCGCAACCUACCAGCCCGUACCCGAUGAGUGUUAGAUUGACAGGGGGUCAUAUGGUGAAGCAGAGGAGGUUCAUUGGAAAUACGAACAACAAGAUGAUCAAUAUACGGGAACAUUUAUAGGCUCGUUAACAAGUGUGCACUUGAAAACAGUGAAGAAAUUGUCUUUCAAUUACACUAUUUCUCGAUCUUUGUUUUUAUUUCACUGGCGUGAAAUAAAAAUCUUUUCUACUGCCCACUGUGAUAAAUACAAAGUAGCGAGUCUCGGGCUCUCGUAUUUAUUGGUGUUUCUUGCAUCCGAACACUCGAUCCCUGCAUACCGCAAGCAGAAAGACUUGAUCCUGGGUGCUUAAAGAGACGCGAAGGCAUUCGCGAUACCGAAAUACACCAUUGAAUUUGAGAAAGUGGUGAAAAAUCGAUUUUUCAGUGAGACGCCUCAAGGGAACGAGACCUUUGGAGAUUCGUAUGAAAAAGGAGAAAAGUGGACGAAUUUUCAUCGUGCCAUGAGUGAUUACGUGUGAUCAGACAGAAUAUGUGGAUUGACGAGCUUUUAUUUUUCUUACAGAGAUUUUAGGUGUACGUGAAAAGGAAAUAUAAAAAAGCCAAAGGAAUAUCAGUGAUAAAUAUACAAAUAUACAAGUUUCCAGUAUUGUUUUUAUUGAGGAGUCGAUGUGAUAUGUAUUGAUACAUAUAUAAUCGUAGAAGAAGGGACGAAGGAGCUGAGGAUUUUCGUCGAUUAUUAUAUUCUCGUGCUCGCUUAUUCAUCGAUACUCGUUUUUGUCAAAGAGCAAAGUGGAUGGUGCUCGAAAUAAGACUGAAGGAAUACUUUUAGAGCUCAUUUUUCUCUCAUCGUUUCGACCCGUUUGCCGUAGAGGCAGUGUUUCUCCAUUAUGAGUUGUUAACUGAGAAUGCGCGAUGACGCAGCGAAUUUACCAGUGGUCCACGAGUCCUCGCGAGGCAGCCCAGGAUAUUCAAAUGGAGCCCCCCAAAUCAAAUUUACGCCAGCAGGGAAAAAUCCUCUCGAGGUACACGAAACAAGACAAGGAAAAGGAUAAUGAUGAGGUCGAAUAUAUGCUGCAGGAUGAUGGCGAGCCAAUAAUUGAAUUUGUACCACCGCAGACUAAGGAGGAGGAGGCCCCACCACCUCAGACGCCUCAGCUCCCCCCAGUGCCUUACUGGAGAUUAUUUCGAUUCGCUACGUUCUCCGAGUUGAUGUACGUGUUCGGUGGUCUGAUAAUGGGGACACUGACAGGUUCCUGUAUUCCUGUAUCGACCAUACAGUACGGUGAAUUUACGACGCUGCUCGUUGAUCGUAACAUGGAGAAUCAAACGAGCAAUCCCACCCUCAUUAUGAAAUGGUUUGGUGGUGGAAAGGUCCUAGGACCAAAUGCUACAAAACUGGAGCGAAUGGACGCUCUUUACGACGAUUCUGUGGCUUUUGGCGUAUCUUGCGCUGCUCUCUCAACAAUACAAUUCUUUUUCGCUAUUCUUACGGUCGAUUUACUUAACGUUGCGGCUUUCCGUCAAAUAGCCAGGGUCCGUAGGAUGUUUUUACAAGCUGUUUUGAGGCAGGACAUGGCUUGGUACGACACUAAUACGUCGACGAACUUUGCGAGCCGAAUCACUGAAGAUCUGGACAAGAUGAAGGAUGGAAUAGGAGAGAAGUUGGGUAUCUUUACAUACCUGAUGGUGUCGUUCAUUUCAUCGAUAAUAAUAUCGUUCGUGUACGGUUGGAAGCUGACAUUGGUGGUGUUGAGUUGCGCGCCGAUAAUCGUCAUAGCGACCGCGAUAGUCGCAAAGGUGCAGAGUUCGUUGACAGCGUUGGAAUUGGCAGCUUACGGUCAAGCGGGCAGCGUGGCAGAGGAGGUGUUGGGAGCGAUAAGAACCGUGGUGGCGUUCGGUGGUGAGAAGGUGGAGGUCGAUCGUUACUCGAAGAAGCUCAUACCAGCAGAGUCAACGGGAAUCAAAAGGGGUUUGUGGUCCGGGGUGGGGGGCGGUCUGAUGUGGUUCAUCAUUUAUCUGAGUUACGCCCUCGCCUUUUGGUACGGAGUUCAAUUGAUUCUGGAGGAUCGUCCAAAAGAUGAUAAGGAAUACACGCCCGCAGUCCUCGUGAUCGUUUUCUUCGGGGUUCUCGCCGGAGCUCAAAACAUGGGCCUGACUUCACCGCACCUCGAAGCCUUCGCCGUUGCGAAAGGCUCAGCCGCUGCCAUAUUCCAGGUCCUCGAUCGAGUGCCCACGAUUGACAGCCUCAGUAAAGAUGGACAAAAACUCAAGACCGUCAUCGGUGAUAUCGAAUUCAAAGACGUACACUUCCGGUACCCUGCCAGAAAGGAUGUCAAGGUCCUUCAAGGACUCAAUCUCAAAAUCAAUCAUGGCGAAACCGUGGCACUCGUUGGAGGAUCCGGUUGCGGCAAGUCGACUUGCCUACAACUCAUUCAGAGACUUUACGAUCCACUUCAGGGAACGGUACAUUUGGAUGGAGUUGAUAUAUCGAAGCUGAACGUCGGUUGGAUGAGGUCCCACAUCGGUGUCGUAGGCCAAGAGCCCGUUCUCUUUGAUACUACCAUCCGAGAGAAUAUACGAUACGGAAAUGACAGCGUCACGGAGGAGGAGAUGAUCAAAGCAGCGAAAGAAGCUAACGCUCACGAUUUCAUCAGCAAACUGCCGGAGGGUUACGACAGUCCCGUGGGUGAGCGGGGUUCGCAAUUGUCCGGUGGACAAAAGCAAAGAAUUGCCAUCGCUCGUGCCCUUGUUCGCAGACCAGCGAUUUUAUUGCUCGACGAGGCGACCUCUGCCCUCGACCUUCACAGCGAGGCGACAGUACAAAGGGCACUCGAUGCCGCUGCCAAAGGACGCACCACCGUCGUCGUCACUCAUCGUUUGUCUACCAUCACCAAUGCCGACAGAAUUGUUUUUAUCAAAGAAGGACAGGUCGUGGAAAUGGGAACUCACGAGGAACUUUUGGCCCUUGGACAACAUUAUCACGGUUUGGUGUCCGCGGACGCGAGUGCCGCAGCCAAAGCCAAAGCGACAGCGUCAGCUGCAAAAACGGUAACAGCAGCGAAACCGAAGCCGAAACCACCACUGAAAAAACAGUUUUCAACGUUGUCGAUGCACUCUCAUCGCUUGUCGCUCGCCGGAGGUUCCACAACUUCCGAAGAAGAACUCGAGGAGCAUGAGAAGCCCUACGACGCUCCGAUGAUGAGGAUAUUCGGGCUGAACAAGCCCGAGUGGCCCUACAACAUCGUUGGCUGUUUGGCGGCUGCGGUCGUGGGAGCAUCGUUCCCAGCAUUCGCGGUGCUGUUCGGUGAGGUGUAUCGUGUACUGGGUUUGGUGGAUCCGGACGAGGUGCGUCGCGAGACGGUUAACUUUUCGAUACUGUUUAUAAUCGUUGGCGUGGUCACCGGCCUAGGAACGUUUUUGCAAAUGUACACAUUUGGUUUGGCCGGUGUAAGAAUGACGACGCGUUUGAGGAGCACGACGUUCGCUGCGAUGUUGAAGCAAGAGAUGGGUUGGUACGACGAGGAUGCGAACAGCGUCGGCGCGCUCUGCGCGAGGCUUUCGUCGGACGCGGCAGCGGUGCAGGGAGCGACGGGAAGUCGAAUAGGAGCGAUAUUGCAGGCGUUGUCGACUUUGGUCCUUGGCAUUGGUUUAUCGAUGUAUUACAGCUGGCAGAUGACCCUGGUAUCGAUUAUUUCGAUCCCAUUGGUGCUCGGAGCGGUAUUUUUCGAAGCGAGGAUCAUGAGUGGCCAAGGAAUGCAGGAAAAAAAGAAAAUGGAGUGUGCCACGAGGAUCGCCAUCGAGGCGAUUUCCAACAUCCGGACAGUCGCCAGCUUGGGCAAGGAGGCCGCGUUCCUCGACCGGUACUGCGUCGAAUUGGCGCACGUUGCCCAAGCCACCAGGACGAGGAACCGACUCCGCGGUCUCGUUUUCUCCUGCGGACAAACGACUCCUUACUUCGGCUACGCUCUCAGUCUUUACUACGGCGGUUAUCUCGUCGCUCGCCACAACCUGCCCUACGAGGACGUCAUCAAAGUCUCCGAGGCCUUGAUCUUCGGCUCCUGGAUGCUCGGCCAGGCUCUUGCCUUCGCUCCCAAUUUCAACACCGCCAAAAUAUCCGCCGGCAGAAUUUUCCGGCUCCUCGACCGCGUCCCCGAGAUCAUAACCCCCCCGGAAUUCGAAGGGAAAGAUCGCGACUGGAAGGCCGAUGGUCUCAUCCAAUUCUCCAAGGUCGAGUUCCACUACCCGACCAGACCGGAGUCACAAAUCUUAAGAGGCCUCAAUCUCAUCGUCAAACCUGGACAAAUGGUCGCGCUCGUCGGACAGAGCGGCUGUGGAAAAUCCACGUGUAUUCAACUGCUGCAACGACUCUACGAUCCUCUCACCGGUAACGUCACUAUGGAUCGACGCGAUAUCAACUCCGUCGCUCUCUCCGCUCUCAGGGCACAACUCGGCGUUGUUGGACAAGAACCCGUUCUCUUCGAUCGCACCAUCGCUGAAAAUAUCGCUUAUGGCGACAACAAUCGACACGUCACCAUGGAAGAAAUCAUCGAGGCUGCCAAGAAAUCCAACAUCCAUAGCUUCGUCAGCUCACUUCCUCUCGGUUACGAGACGAGACUCGGUAGCAAGGGAACACAAUUGUCGGGUGGCCAGAAGCAGCGAAUCGCUAUAGCGCGUGCUCUCGUGAGGAACCCACGAAUUUUGUUGCUCGACGAGGCGACGUCGGCUCUCGACACUCAGAGCGAGAAGGUCGUGCAAGCAGCUCUGGACAAGGCGAAGGAGGGCAGAACCUGCAUCACGAUAGCCCAUCGUCUGGCAACGAUAAGAAACGCGGACGUGAUAUGCGUGCUGGAGAAGGGCACGGUCGCGGAAAUGGGAACUCACGAUGACCUCAUCGCGGCUGACGGUCUCUACGCUCAUUUGCACGCACUGCAAGAAGCCGCGAUGGAGUAAUUUUCCUCGCCCAUUAAAUCACCAAUCCACCGUUGGCCUUUCCCAGACUCCUUGAAACUUUGGAGCACGGAAGGACCGAAAGAAAACAAAAAAACAACUAUUUUACUCGUCAGUUUCAAUAUCAAUUUACACUUUCAACUUUCAUGAGAAUAACAAGAAAAAUUAAGGCUUCAAGUUCGAACGAAAUUCAAAUAAUAAGGGAAAAACCGAAAGUGCGCUUCUCACAAUUUGGAAAAAAAUUGAAAUAUUCUUUCAAGAUCGUUUAAAUUAUUUUCAACUACUGUUUUGUGCAGUUUAAUCCUUCACGAUUGAUUUGUUUUCAUCGUUCUUUCCUGUCUCUGCCAGUUUGUCUUUCUGUCUCUCUUUUUUGUUCAUGACGAUUCGUAUACUACAGUACUUUAUGAUUUUUUCUCCCCACCCUUGGACGAAUUCACUUUUAGAUCAUUUUUCUUCGAUCGAUGAAUCUUGAAAUAGAAAUAACUGAAAAAAACGCACAAAAACGGACGUAUCUCAUCAAUCAUAGGUUUCAGUGUCCCCCUCAAAUCCAAUCGAGCUGGUAUUUCAUUGUAAUCAUUGUACCGUUAUUACAAUUAUCAUGAUUAUUAUUUUAUUAUUACUACAUUAUGAUUAUUUUAUUAAUAUCGUUCGUCUUAUUUUUAUAUAGAAUAUAUUCUUAUAGUUUGUACGUGUAGCCUUAGCGGAUUAUUCAAAAUAAAACAAUCGACACGAAUAACGGCGUGUGCGUGGACGUGUGCGAGUGCGAGUAUUGUUCAAUUGUCAAUACCCACGUGUGAGCCUCGGCGUAUGACGAAAAUGAAGAAAAACACACACAUUUGAA